CUCGCGCUUUGUUUCUGAUUUUUGGAUCGGUUCUUGAUUUUGUGUCAUAAUUGACGGUGCCGGCGAGCUUGGGUUUCUCGUGGUCCUCAAUCUUAUCCAUUCGCCUGGUUCCUGUUGCCUUCUGGUUACUCUGGGUUCUUUCCUUUCUGUUUUAACUCGAAAAUGGCUCGGUUGCCUAAUACUAAUACCCCCACUCUUUGAAUUUGAUCUAUUAUUGUGUAAAUUAUUUUGGUUCCCCUGGAUUGAAUGUUAUGAUUUGCGGAGUUACAACCUUCGCGUUCUGGGACGAUUCUGUUUUUAUUCUGGUGCCUCUCCCUUGAAUCUUCCUGGAUGAGUAUGGAAUCCAAGUUAUGUGUUAAGAGGGAUAUCCAGCAGUAAGGUCUACGGACAUGGGAGCCUCGAGUUCUAAAGUAGAGGAAGAUAAGACCCUUCGACUUUGCCGUGAAAGGAAGAAGUUUGUUAAGCAAGCCCUUCAUGGAAGAUGCUCACUAGCUACAGCCCAUGCUGAAUACAUUCAGUCAUUAAGAUGUACAGGGACUGCUCUCAAGAUUUUUGUACAACCUGAACUUCCAGCAGAAUCAUCCUUGUACACUUCCACUAAUGCAACUCCUGAGCCCCUUGCCCUUACUGAGAAGUCUGUAUCCCAAUUCUCAUUUUCCUCUCCGUCCUUCUCACAACAUGUGGACACUGUUGGUAAUCUUUCUCCGUCACCUUCUCCUCCUCCUUCAAGUCGGUUUCAGGCAAAUCAUAUGAAGUUCAGGGGUAGCUUUGCUAACAAGGUUGAAGAAAAAUUGCCCUUACCUGUUAUUGGGACUAUAACCUCAUCAGACAUUCCACCAAAUGCCGCACCUCAAUCCUCUGAAAGACCCCAAAAACUAUCAUUUGAAGGCUCUUCUGUACCUCAGGAAGGAACUUGGGAUUACUUUUUCCCUUCAAAUGAACAUGAUUUUUCCUUUCAAGAUGGUAAUGGUAUGAACGGAGGGUUUGAAUUUGAAAAUGCUGGUGAUUUAGGAUACUUAAAGGAAGAGGAUGGAAAUUCUGAACGUGGAGAUAGAGAAGAGAAGGAUUCUUUACAUGGAGGGGAGGAAUCUCAAAACUCUGAGGAUGAGUUUGAUGACGAACCUGCUUCAGAAACUCUGGUGCGAAGUUUUGAAAAUUUUAACAGGGUACAUGAUGAUACAGUUAAUACCUCUCCUACUUUGCAUACCAUGAAAAGUGUAGCUUCGGAGCCUGAGUUAGUGAAUCAGGAGAAGAACCACUCUCCUGGUUUGUCACCUUUAAGAACCACGUCUUCAGUAGUUCCAUUUACAACUGGCUUUGGUAAAGCAACUGUAAAGAAAGACAGUGUUGAAAAUACAGUUGUUCCGAAGGACUUCUUUUCAAGCAUGAAAGAAAUUGAAGAACUUUUUGUAAAAGCUUCUGAAUCUGGUAAAGAAGUUCCAAGAAUGCUUGAAGCAAAUAAGUUGCAUAUACGUCCAAUUUUUCCUGGGAAAGAAAGCCAAUCACUAUCAUCAACAUUGUUGAGGUCCUGCUUUUCCUGUGGAGAGGACCCAACCGUGGUUCGUGAAGAGCCGGUUCAAACUGCAACAAAGUACUUGACUUGGCAUAGGACAGCAUCGUCACGCUCGUCUUCUUCCAGGAAUCCUUUGGGAGGAGGAAACUUGAAAGAGGAUGUUGAGGACCACUCUAGCAACUUAUUUGAGAAUUUUUGCAUGAACUCAGGCAGUCAUGCUUCAACCUUGGAUAGGCUAUAUGCAUGGGAAAAAAAGCUCCAUGAUGAAGUUAAGGCUAGUGAGAUGGUGAGGAAAGAGUAUGACCUUAAGUGUAAAAUGCUACGGCAUUUAGAAUCACAAGAAGCGAGUCUACCAAAAAUUGAUAAAACACGAGCCAUUAUCAAGGAUCUACAUUCCAGAAUCAGAGUGGGAGUUCAUAGAAUAGAUUCUAUAUCGAAGAAAAUUGAAGAAUUGCGGGACACGGAGCUCCAACCACAACUUGAGGAGUUGAUUGAAGGGUUAAGUCGGAUGUGGGAAGUGAUGUUCGAAUGCCACAAGCUUCAGUUACAGAUCAUCAAAGCAGCGGCGUCCAACCAUGGCAACAUGAAAAUCUCGAUGCAGUCGGAAACUAGGAGGCACAAUACCAUUUAUCUCGCAACAGAACUCACAUCCCUAUCAUCGAGUUUUAUGAAGUGGAUCUCAGCACAGAAGUCAUAUCUGCAAGCUAUCGAUGGGUGGCUUCUGAAAUGUGUGUCUCUACCUCAAAAAUCAUCCAGGGGAAAAAGGAAAGUUCAAACCCCAUCAAUCAGAACUUAUGGACCUCCACCUAUAUACGUUACGUGUGGUUCUUGGUUGGAGAAGAUUAAUGGUUUACCUACCAAGGAGGUCGUCGAUUCGAUAAAGGACUUGGCAGCUGAAACCACCCGCUUUCUGCCACAUCAAGAGAAAAACCAGGGUAAGGAGAAGGGAAAAGGAAAAGGAAAAGGCACGAAGCUUUCGAUCUUGACAUCCUUCAAGGCUGACAAUGAGAACGAGUCUUUGUUAAAGGACGAAGAACCGGAGGGUUUUGAUCAUUUUAGACCGAGCUUGGUUAAGUUCUUUGAAAAAUUGAAUGAGUUUUCAGAGUGUUCAGUGAAAAUGUAUGCAGAACUUGGUGAGACCAUCCAAACUGAGAAAAAUAAUUACGAUCCGUGGAAAUCCCAGAAACUGGGAAAGCAGUCGGUAUGAGAAAAGAUGAUAUUGUUCCAACUUCCACGUGUUUUGUUUAUGAGAAUUGGAGAUGUGUGAAGCUUUAGAGAUGAGUCAUUGAGGGACACAGGAUUUGUAUAUGAAGAAGAACAUAAUAAAGGAAAUUGAAUGGUAAAUUGUUCCUUUUUUUUUCCUUCCUGAAAUUGAAGCAGAAAAUAAAGGAGGAGCUGAUGCAAGCAGCAUAUAUACAUCAAAAUAGAGUCAAUUUGCAGAGAUACAUAGCAUUGUAUAGUUCUCUGUACACCCUAUGAACGUAAACUUCAAUAAAUUGUAACCAUUACUUUAUUUUAUAAUUUGAUUCCUGGUCUUUGCCAUA